UUGGAAAGCUCAAUGUUCAGGCAGAUGGAAAAUCUUUCUCAUGGUUUUUCUUCCUUGCCUUUGAACACUUACCCAAAAAUUGCCUAAUCAAGUACUUUUUCCUUUACUCUAAAUCCCACUUCUAAUCCUCUCUGUACAAUAAUUUCACAAAUGGAUCCCAUCAAGCUAAAGAAGCUUCAAGCUCUCAACGAAUAUAAAAACCAUAAAAAACCAAACAAUCUCUUCCUGUAUUCUUUAUCUGCCUUAACCUGUAGUCUAUUCUGUUCAAGCCCUUUAUGGCUUCCUUCUCUGUUUUCUUCCAUGAAGGUUUUUCUAAAUGACAAUUCCCCAAAAAUAUUUUCACUCUUUUACAGCUCCAAAUUUGUGUUCAUAGUAGGCAACCUUAUUGUUGCUGCCCUUAUAGGGGAGUCCAAAAUGUUUUCCUACUCAAAUUCUUCUCCAGCUAGUGAAAAUUACUAUGAUGAAUAUAUGAGCAGGAGCAGGAAACUUCAAAAAUCUUUGGACAUUGAAGUAAAGAGAGAGAAAAUUUUGGAGAAGUAUUUUGAAGAAAAAAAGGAUAUUACAAUGAAAAAGGAAGAAGAAACAAAAGGGAAAAGAAUGGAAGACUUAGAUGAAGAUGAUGGUGAUGAUGAUGGGCUAAUUUUACCAACUGAGGAAUUGAGAAAAAGAGCUGAUGAUUAUAUUGCUAGGGUGACCAAACAGAGAAUGUUUGAAGCUAGACAAUUUCCUCGCGAUGGUGAAGUGAAAAAUAUAAAUCCAUUCAAAUAUCCAGGUUCCAUAUGGUAAUUUUCCCAUGUAAAUGGAAGAAGAAAGAACCUUGAGUAGAUAAAGGCUGAAGCCUUUUUUUUUUUUUUUUUGGGGUUAAUUGUCUACUACUGGUUUUCCUGUAAUGGAUUAUCCCAUUAAUGGCGGUGGAAUUAGAAUUUUUAUGUGUGUGUAUGUAUAUAUAUAUAUAUAUAUAUACAUAUAUUUGUGGCCUGAGCCUUUCAAAUCAAGUAUUUGCACAUCCAAUCCUUUAUUGUGGAAAUAAAAUUUAGCAUGAACUUCUUUAUAUUCACACAUAAGAUCAUUUCUAGUUUUCAUUUUAAGGUAGAAGCCAGCUUUUACAGUAUCUCUCAUCAUGCAACAGCUUCCAUCUUCUACACAUUGUUGAGGAAUUUUAGAGGCUGGUUUUGGUUU